AUGCUUCCGACACCACGAGCAGUCACCCGCGCAGCCGCGUUCGCCGUCAACGGCGCGCGCUCGUUCGCAUCCACCGCACUCCGACCAGCACCUCCCGCGACCGCCUCAGUGCCGGCCGAGACGUCCGAAGCGAGCUCACGGGUGCCAGCAGACGUCGCACUCGCAGUGUGGGACACGCGGGUUCUUCCGAGCGCAGAGCGACGGCGGGAGCUCCUCAAGGCGCGGUGUGACAUCUUCGGGAGCGAGUACAACCCCGACCGCGUGCGGAACGGCGCCAAGGUCCUCCAGCAGCGUCUCACGGGAGAGGUCAAGGCCGGCUACUAUGGUCCGCGCCUCAUCGGCGUCGCCAAGCUCAACCGCCUGUACACGGUCGAGGGCCAGCCGCCGGCGUUCAGGGAUCUCGUCGACGAGCAGAGGCGGGAAGACAUCAAGGCGAAGAACAAGCGCGGCAAGUUCAAGCCAAAGAAGGGUCAGGGACGUCGCGCGACGAUGAAGAAGAAGUAG